GCCCUGUCUGUGCAGACUAUCCCACCGCAGCGGUGGCCGUGAACGCAUCACCAGGAGGUGACUGAGGCCGGGCUCCGCUCUCAGCGCAGUCUGGGGCCCUCAUCAUGCGGCUGGGGCUCCUGUGUCUGUGGACCGGCUGGAUGCUCCGGAGCGUCGCGCCGCAGCCGGAGGACGGAGGCCCGCGACCCGGCGAACAGCUGCAGGCCGACCCGCAGGGAGUCCGGACCGGGUUCCGGAGCCAGAGCCCCGGAGAACCGGCAGGUGGAGCCCGGAGGAGAGCAGCUCUGAGCGGACUUCGUGUUUGUGGAGGUCGAUGUUGUCUCGGCUGGACAGUGUCCCCUAAAACCAGGAGGUGCACCAAGCCCAGAUGUUUUCCUCCCUGCCAUAACGGAUCAUCUUGUGGACUUCCCAACAACUGUCUGUGCAGGAAAGCUUCCUAUGGGAUCCGUUGCCAAGUUUCCAAAGUUCCUCUUCCAGUGGGAAGACCUCCAGAGACAUCCAGCCGUCCUGCCUCCACAACCACAGCAGCUGGGCCAAUCGGGUCCCGUCACAAACCUGAACCUCCAGGUUCAUUUCAGAAGCCAUCAAACGGUAACGACUCUGGUCCUCUGGAGUCUGGACGUCUAGCAGGUCAAGCUGAAGGCAUGAAGGGGGAACCAGGAGACGUUACCCGAAGGUUUCUGAACCCAACGUCUUCUGGAAGAACAGGUCUGAUGAGGGCAGAUCCAGAUCCAGACAGGAAAAGCUCGGGUUCAGAACAUGUUCUGGAGUCGACGCCUCACACUAACAGAGGAAACAGGAACCCGCUGAGAUCCGAGUCCCUGGAGCUGCAAGCAAGUCUGGAAGUUAAAGAGGAUCCGACUGGAGCAGAGAGGAGGCCAGAGCAGAGGAAGAGGCAGAUCCCGAGUCUGAGGGAGGCCCAGUCUGUUCUGCUGAGAAACUCUUUGUCACGAGGAGGAAGAGGAGGCAACAUGGCCGCCCUGCUGAUGAAGCACAUAACAAGAGAGAAGAGGAAGCUGCACACACUGACCUCUUCAUUCUCCUCUUCCUCCUCUUCACUAACGAUCUUCCAGAACCAGAGAGGUCGCCUCGCUGAUCCUAAAGUUCUCUGCCCGCUGCUGUGUAAGAACGGCGGCGUGUGCCUGCAGACGGACCGCUGCCUCUGCCCCGCCAACUUCACCGGGAAGUUCUGCCAGAUCCCCGCCCCGCCCCCCGGCGCCGCCUCCACCAAUGAGAUCGUCCAGCCGCCGCCGCCCUCCUCCGCGGCGGCCAAUCAGGGGCUGAUGCGGUCGGAGUUCCUGCUGCCGCUCGGCCAGACUCGGGCGGCGCCGCCGUCCGCAGACCCCCGCAUGGUAAAGGUCAGAGUUCAGCACCCCCCAGAGGCCAGCGUGAAGAUCCACCAGGUGAUGCAGGUGUCCGGGUCCAGUCCGGCCCUGCGGAGCCUCUCCUCCUCCUCCUCUUCCUCCUCCUCCUCCUCUUCCUCCUCCUCUUCCUCCACCUCCUCCUCUUUCCCCACCUCCUCCUCCUCGGGUUUGGCUGGCGCUCCGGCUCCGGUUCCAGCAGGUGGCGCUAGAAUCCAGGCCCAGACUCUGAGGGGCGGCGGUACCUACACCCAGCAGUCUGGCUUCAAGUAUUGCUUCAGAGAGGUGAAAGACGGACAGUGCAGCUCUCCACUUCCUGGUCUGAGGAGCAGAGAGGUGUGCUGCAGAGGAAUCGGGAAGGCCUGGGGUCUCACCGACUGCAGCCUCUGUCCCGAAGCUCCAGGUCAAAGCAACAGCAGCUGUCCUGCUGGCUUCGAGCGAACCAAUAGAACGGAGUGUGUCGAUGUGAAUGAGUGCUUGCAGCCGGGGCUGUGUGAGAACGGCAUCUGUGUGAACACCAGGGGGAGCUAUAGCUGUGUGUGUCGGUUGGGGUUCAUCCUUGACGCCACACAUGGAAUCUGCAUCUCGCAGAGCGUGAUUUCAGAGGAGAAGGGCCAGUGCUACCGGGUCCUGGGCUCCAGUCGGGGUCCGUAUACCUGCUCCCUGCCCAUCGUCCGGAACAUCACCAAGCAGAUCUGCUGCUGCAGCCGGGUCGGGAAGGCCUGGGGGCCCGACUGCGUGCGCUGCCCCUUCUUUGGUUCAGUGGCCUUUAAGGAGAUCUGUCCGGCCGGCCCGGGGUACCAUUACUCGGCUUCGACUCUGCAGAUCAGCCAAAGAGUGAACGGCGACCCGACGGCCCGAGACGCCCUGCCGGGCCGAGACGCCCUGCCGGGCCGAGACGCCCUGCUAACAGCGCAGGACGCCUCAGAUCCGGGUCAGCAGAGACCCAGUUCAUCCGGGUCACCGUCUGGCACCAGAACCGGUGCAGUCCAGUCCCAGAUCCAGGUCCCUGCUCAGCCUGGUCUAACUGCCGGUUCCAGACCAACGCCCCCUGCUGGCUCAGCAACCCGGCCUGCUCAGGCCCGACCGGAGGUCCAACAUGGCCGACCGGAGGUCCAACAUGGCCGACCGGAGGUCCAACAUGGCCGACCCGAGGUCCAACAUGGCCGACCCGAGGUCCAACAUGGCCGACCCGAGAUCCAACAUGGCCGACCCGAGAUCCAACAUGGCCGACCGGAGGUCCAACAUGGCCGACCGGAGGUCCAACAUGGCCGACCAGAGGUCCAACAUGGCCGACCCGAGGUCCAACAUGGCCGACCGGAGGUCAAACAUGGCCGACCCGAGGUCCAACAUGGCCGACCCGAGGUCCAACAUGGCCGACCGGAGGUCAAACAUGGCCGACCGGAGGUCCAACAUGGCCGACCCGAGGUCCAACAUGGCCGACCCGAGGUCCAACAUGGCCGACCCGAGGUCCAACAUGGCCGACCAGUGGUCCAAAAUGGCCGACUGGACCCGGCUCUAGCGAGGCUGCAGCCGCCGCUGGCGUUCCCGUCCUCUGGAUCGCGACCCGACCCGGCGCUGGUUCCAGGAGACUCUCAGCCAAUCCCGGCCCCGUCCCAGACCUCAGAGCGAGGGUCCAGACCCGGACCAGAACCACCUGGUCCGGAGAGACGGCCAGCUGCAAGCCCAACCAGCCGGCCCGCCAGAGUCCAGCCUGUCCGUGGUGUGUGUCAGGUCAGACCAGGUGUGUGUGAGCGCGGGCGCUGCCUGGAUCUGCCAGGUGGGAAACACACCUGUGAGUGUGAUGAGGGAUUCCAGCCCAACGCUCAGCGGAGCCGCUGCUCCGAUGUGGACGAAUGUCAGCAGAAUCCCUGCAGGAACGGAAGCUGUGAAAACUCCCCAGGGAGCUUCAGGUGUCUCUGUUACCAUGGUUACAGGCUCACUGGGAACACCUGUGAAGACGUGGAUGAGUGUGUGGACCCGCUGCAGUGUCCGGGUCAGGAGUGCCUCAACCUGCCGGGUUCGUACCGCUGCUCGCCCUGCCAGCCGGGAUUCGGGCUGCUCAACGGGAUCUGCACAGACAUCGAUGAGUGCCGGCGGUCCCCGUGCUCCGGCGGCCUCUGCGAGAACGCGCCCGGCAGCUUUCGCUGCGUCUGUCACCAUGGUUACAGGCUCCAGAACAACACCUGUACAGACGUGGACGAGUGUGCGGAGCCGUCUCAGUGUCCGGGGCAGAUGUGUGUGAACUCUGUGGGGUCGUACAGGUGUGUGUCGUGUCGUCCAGGAUACACACUGACCAACAGGCUGUGCACAGACGUGGAUGAGUGUGAUAGUGCCGGAGCGUGUGACGCAGAGCAGGUGUGUGUGAACAGCGUGGGCUCGUUCAGGUGCGACUGUCGCCCCGGAUACCGGAGCUCCGGUCUCGGCAGGCGGUGCACAGACGUUAACGAGUGUUUGGAGGGGGACUUCUGCUUCUCCAGAGGCGAGUGUGUGAACACACCUGGAUCAUACACCUGUGUGUGCUCACCUGGAUUCACGCUGAGUGAGAACAGGACGGCCUGCCUCGAUGUGGACGAGUGUGUGAGGCCAGGUGUGUGUUCGGACGGCCGCUGUGUGAACACCGACGGCUCCUUCCGGUGUCGGUGUGACUCGGGCUUCAGCGCCAACCCGGAGCAGACCGCCUGCCUCGACGUGGACGAAUGCGUGUCCAGCGGCGGCUCCGUUUGCCCGUCGCGGCGGUGUGAGAACACCAUCGGCUCGUUCCGCUGCCUCGCCGCCUGCCAGGCGGGUCAGCAGGUCGCCGCCGACGGCUCGUGCGUCGGGUCGUCCGUGUCGGUUCCAGCCUCUGCGCCGCCGUCCUCGCGGCCCGCAGAACCAUCGUCUGUUUCAGAGUCCAGGUCCCACCCUGAGUCCACACACUCCUCCUCCUCCUCCUCCUCCUCCUCCUCUUCCUCCCAGGACGUUUCUGCGGUUCUGCAGCGCCUGCCUCCGGCGCGGCCCGGUGAACUGAGGGAUUGCUACUACAACCUGGCGGCAGGCGGCUGCAGCCUGCUGGCGUCCAACACCAGCCAGCAGGAGUGCUGCUGCACCGAGGGGGAGGGCUGGGGGAGGGGCUGCCACGCCCACCCCUGCCCCGCCGCAGACACAGCUGACUUCCUGUCCCUGUGUCCCAGUGGGAGGGGCUACGUGACGGCGGGAUCGGUCGCCUUCAGCUACUCAGACGUGGACGAGUGUAAGCGCUUCCACCCCGAGGUGUGUAAGAACGGCGUGUGUGUGAACAACAUCCCGGGCUACAGGUGCUACUGCUCCAGCGGCUUCGUCUACAACUCCGCCCUGCUGGAGUGCAUCGAUUACGACGAGUGUGAGGAGGAGAGCUGCGUGGACGGCGUGUGUGUGAACAUGGAGGGGUCGUUCUACUGCAGCUGCCCGCCGCCGCUGGUGCUGGACGACACGCAGAGGGCCUGCGUCAACGCCUCGCACCUCACCAUGGAUGAGAACCUGUCCGUCUGCUGGCAGCACGUCAGCGCCGACCUGCUGUGCCAGAGUCCUCUGCUGGGGCAGGUCACCUUCGUCGACUGCUGCUGCUUCUACGGCGAGGGCUGGGGGAUGGGCUGCGCCCUCUGCCCCGCCACCGACUCAGAGGACUACGCCUCUCUGUGCAGCUCGUACUCUGCAGCGGCGUUCCCGGGAAGCUUCCCAGACUCCGCCGGACCAGAAACCGGGCCGGGGCGAGGAGCUGCCCCUUUCAGUCCGGAGUUCUUUCCUGCAGUGCCGCUUCCCGGCAGAGAUUUCAGUCCAAACUAUGACGACUACUCGCCAGCAGGGGGCAGUAGGUCCGGCUUCAGGGCCAGGCCGCCCAUUUCCUUCGGCCCGCCGGACGACACCUACGGCGGCUCCGAGUUCAGCCCCGGUUUCUACCCAGAGGGAGACUAUGGCUCCCCGGACGGCUCCGUGCCCAGGACGCCCACCUUCCGGCUCCCUCCGGACCCCCGGUCCGACAUCGCCUUCGCCGCGCGGCCGCUACCUCCGUCCAGAUCCGACCCACCGCCGCUCAGCCUGGCGCCACGGCCCGGACCGCCGUACGAUGACCGGGAGGAGGGCGGAGACUUCAGGGGGCGGAGGCCGGGGGCGGGGCUUCCUCCGUUCACUGACAGAGAGGGAGGUGGAGGCGGCGGGCCACGCAGGGUGUAUGAGAGACGCUACGAGACGCACGCCAGCCUGAGUGCCGCCGAGGAUUGUGGGAUUCUGCACGGCUGUGAGAACGGCCAGUGCAUCCGCGUUGCUGAGGGAUACACCUGCGACUGCUACAUGGGCUUCGAGCUGGACCUGACCUCCAUGAGCUGCAUCGACAUUAACGAGUGCGAAGAUGUUGCCGCGCUGCCGUUCCCAUGCGUCAACGCUCGCUGCAUCAACACAGAAGGCUCUUUUCGAUGCGUCUGCAGGAGAGGAUACGUCAUGUCGCGCAGACGCAACCACUGCAUCGCUGCUUAGACCCGGUGGGUCCUGCAACCCGGCCGAUCUGCCAGCGGCUCACUGGACUGCCAUUCUGUUGUGGAAAAUGUAUGAAUUACAUGAGAUAACCUGCUAAAAGCAGGAGUUUUUAUAAAGUUUACAUUUAAAUCAUCUGUCAAUUCCUUUACAGAAUGGAACAAAUUUAAUAUUGUUAGCCAGAGAAGUUGACACAAGAAACAAACAAUUAUCACAAUAAUAGAAUUCAGAGCUUCAGAUGUUUCAUAAAAACUCUAAGCUUAAAAAAGAUUCAUUCAGAUGUUAAAGUUUAAACAAAAUAUCUUCUAGUUUUUGAUUAAAUAUUUUAAUGUUGGUAAUGUUGCUAAUAUUUAAUUGUUUCUAAGGUUUUUGUUUUUGUGUUUCAAUACACCAAAGUCAUUCAAGGGUAAAAAAUGAGUACCUGAAAACAUUUUGUUAGUUUCUAGCAGUUAGCUUACGAGCUAACAGAGAAAACCAGGAAGUAUUAACAUUAAUGAGUUCCUUAGGAAAUCUUAAGGUCUAAAAUUAAAGCUACAGUAGCUGAAAUACUUAGGAGAAACAUUUAGAGAUCAACCACAAACUAUUGAAAUGAGCCGUUUGUUUGUUUAUUAGCUCGUUGGCUGAAGUUAGCGCAGAUGCUAAUAAGCUCAAACAUGUUACUGUAAAACCUUUGAAAUUGAUUAAAAGUGUCAUUGUGAAUAUAAUUAGUUUUUAGCACCAGCGCUAAUCAGUUAGCAAGUUAUUUAAUCUAAAAAAUCAAAAAUCCUAAUAUGUUCACUCCUUUAUUAUUCCACUAAGACUAUUUUUCUCUGAAACGUUUUUAGUUACCUGCUCAGUGGAAAUACAUUUUCAGGCUAAAAGCAGGAAGUUGUGACUGAACUCUGUCACCAUGGUGACGUUUCAAAGAGGAAAACUUAAAAAUCAAAUCUGCUCAUUUUAUUUUAAUAAGCUCAUUUAAGUUGUUGAAUUGUAAAUAGUUCUGGCUGUUAUUACUGUUUAGCAUGUUAGCUAAUUUGUUUUAGCAAUGCUCUUGGUUUCCAUAGUUACUAGUCCAAACAUAACCAUUUUAUUGUAUAUAUUCUUAUUUCAACUUCAUUUCAUUUUAAAUGAUUUUUUUCAACUAACAUUUUUCAUUAAAUUUGUACAGAUCUAAAUAUGAACUGAUAUUCUACCAAAUAUUCAACAUUUUCAGUGGAAAACAGUGUGAGUGAUGUAGUUCCAUUUCUAUGUUCAGUUGGUUUUAUGUUGAUGUGCCUGCAGUAUUUGUUCCACAGCAGAAGUUUGAAAUGAAAAUGAAAUGUGUGUAUAAAACUUUUCAGUAUGUGAUAUUAUACUAGGUCAAAUGUCAUAAGCUUUAUUUUUUCUCUUCAGCACAUGAAGGUUUAAGUGAAACAUGCACUGUCUGCCAAAGACCAGCUUCCUCACUGAAAACAUAUGUUUGGUUUAUAAAUGGUUUUAUUUUAAAGUUUGAUCAAAUUUUUUGUAUUAUUGUUUCUAUGAUGAGGACUGCAAAUACAUUUGACCACAAUAACUCUUAGGUGUGUUGUUGUGGUUUUUGGUUGUUUUCUUGACGUGUUUAGGAAUAAAUCAAACUUUCAAUAUUUUAAAGUGACUAUAAAUAAAUUACUGAAGGUCUGAGAUGUUUGCAUCAACCUCUGUUAAAACGUAAUAAAAGAUAGUAGCUAC